GGCAAGUACUCCCUCCCUUUCUUGCUGCAUCGCCAUCACCAAUAAUCCAGAGUCGCCAUGCCAAGAUCCUUCACCUACUCGUAGCCAGCAAGAUUCCAUCUUUUUCCUCUGAUUCGUAAAGGCAAGCUUGGACUUCGAUCCGUACUACUCCUACUAGAGUUGGGGCGGUGGCGGAGGUGUUAGGAGGAUGAGCAGCUCGUCGUCGGCGGAUGCGUCGCCGGGGUCGGUGCUGCAGAACAAGAUAAGCCCGAGCAUCCUGUUCAUCGUGGCGGUGCUGGCGAUCGUCUUCUUCGUGUGCGGGCUGCUGCACCUGCUGGCGUUCCAGGGCCAGCUGCAGCAGCUCUUCCACCUGCACGACGCCGGCGUGGACCAGGCCUUCAUCGACGCGCUGCCGGUGUUCCUCUACCACAGCGUCCUGGGCGGCGGCAAGGACCCGUUCGACUGCGCCGUGUGCCUGUGCGAGUUCGAGGCCGACGACCAGCUCCGGCUGCUGCCCAAGUGCAGCCACGCGUUCCACCUCGAGUGCAUCAACACCUGGCUGCUGUCCCACUCCACCUGCCCGCUCUGCCGCAGGAGCCUCCUCGCCCCCGGCGAACUCUCGCCGACCUGCAGCCCCGUCGUCCGACAGCUCCAGCGACAUGGCCGAGCCUGCGACGCGUGCCGCGGCAGACGCCGAGCCGAGCGGCAUGGCCGUCCGCGUCCCUGGAGCCGAGCAGCAUUUUGUCGAAUACGUGGUGCGCGGCCGCGGUUGAGAGGGCGCCGGCACGCGCCAUGCCCGCAGACGCGCGCGUCCUCCGUUGUUGCGUGGCGUAGGCGGCGGUUGAAGCCCGAGGAGGCGAGGCGGCGGUUGCUGCGGCGAGGCGGCGGCAGCCGCAGCGGCGGGAGGCACUACCAGAGGAGGGGAGGGAGGUGA